CAUUUUGAUUGUGAGUCCUCACCAUUCAGUUUGAUUGUUUAUUUCAAAAGAUAAAUACUUUGUGUCUUCUCACACACACAUUCAGUUUGAGAAUAGACCCAUAUUGAUAAAUACUUUGUGUCUUCUCACACACAUUCAGUUUGAGAAUAGACCCAUAUUGAUAAAUACUUUGUGUCUUCUCACACACAUUCAGUUUGAGAAUAGACCCAUAUUGAUAAAUACUUUGUGUCUUCUCACACACAUUCAGUUUGAGAAUAGACCCAUUUUGAUGAAUACUUUGUGUGGGGAUGUCUCCUCACACAUUCAGUUUAUUAAUCUUGUUGAAUGAGCAUAUCCAAGAUAGAACCCAUAUUAGAGAACCACCCAUACUAACGGCAUGUAUGUCGUUUUCAGGUAAUAUGGAGCGCAAUGCAUCGACUUCCUACCCUUCUCCACCUCGCCCUGAUAGCCCACCUCCACCAUACAGCGAAUUUACCCCAGUUACCCAUCGAUCAGUCACCCCCUCAUCCCCUCUCUACCACCAGUUCCCUCCACAGUACAGUUUCCAACCACCCCGUCCAUUAUCUCCACAAGAUACACCAACCUCAAUUUUCGAGCCAUCCCGACCCAGUACACCACCCUCCCCAUCAAUGAUGGAUGUUAGAUGUGUAUCGCAAGCACAGAGGCGUGCACUGAUGUGGCUGAAAGCGAACCUCAACCUUGUACCCAACUAUUUCCAACGCUUGCUGGACGAUAGUGAUAGCGACGAAGAAGAAGAUCCUACAGAUCAUAGAAAUCGCUAUAUCGCCAUCUGUCCUGUCUGUCGUGUUGCAGAUCAAUGCAUCUUGUUAUUGCCAUGCAUGCACCUUGCAUGCAAAAAUUGUACCACUGGUGUCCCACCCAAAUGUCCUUGCUGUACAAUACGUUAUUCGGGAUGGCUCGAAGUCAAUCAAACUAUCCACCCUUAAUUAAACUAUCCUCAAGCAUACCCUUCAGUACAGCUACACCCAUCACGUCAGGUUAGACAUUGAGAAAAAUUAAGUUUUAAUGCUUCGUCAAAUAACACUGCAUGAACAAUGCUUCCAGCCCUCUUUCUAUGCAUGAUGGAUACAAAAAAUAUAAUAUAAUAAAUACUGCUUAUUAUAUAUAUUGCAAACAUGUACUCCUACAACUAUGGAUGUCGCUAAUAUAGGUCAAACCAGUAGAAAUAUAAUGAGCAGCUACAUUGUUCCAGAUGAAUAUUAAUUAUCUGCUUGUAUGUAUGUUACAGAUGAACAAAGCUGCAAGAUGCCAGCAGACCAGCAGCUCAUCAGGAGAGUUCUGCAUAUUGGAGGAGGCAUUCAACAACAACCUUCAGACACUGUUCUACAACAACAACUCUUCACCCAAUCCUGCAAAGGACUUC